AUGUCACACUGUGACAUGAAAAACAAAAUCAUCGUCAUCCUCGAGAUGGUACGUCUCACGGAGCAAAUGGUGGAGGCCAAGUCGAAGGUCUCUGACUACCGCAAGGCGGAGAGGCUGAAUGCCUGGGGCAGCGAUCUGGAUGACAUCUCCAUCUGUCUGAAGAUGCCUCGCCUGGAGGUCCUGGCGCUCAGUGUGAACAGGAUCAACACGCUGAGCAGCCUGCAGAAUUGCCAACAACUGAAGGAGCUCUACUUGCGCAAGAACGAGAUCUUGAGCUUCGAGGAACUUGACCACCUUUCCAAUGCCCGUUCCCUGACCUCCCUGUGGCUGGCCAACAAUCCGUGCUCGGAUAAUGCCGGCAAGGCCUAUAGGCCCAGUGUGCUGCGCAAGCUGCCGCAGCUGAAGAAGCUGGACAACGUGGACGUUUGCGAGCAAGAACUGCAGGCGGCCCUGCAUAACGAAUAUUAUCCGAUGCCGACCAGUGCCAUCGUUUCUCCGGUGGCCGAGAUGCCAGCAGCUGGGAAGCCCAGCUCCAGUGGCUCCUCCGGCAGCUCCAGCUCAUCCAGUCCUAGUGCCAGUGCCAAGGCCAAGGCCUAUCGCGAUCGCAUCGAGCGGGAGCGGCGCCAGCAGGGGGUAACCUUCGAUGAGGAGGCGAUGGCCAUGGAGCUGCCCGAGUCGCCCAGGUCGCCCAGAGUGGCCAACAGAAGAGCUGGCGGGGAUGCGGCCGAAUUGGAGGCAGUGGGAGUUCGAGGAGGAUCCGCCAAUGACCACAUGCGCAUGUCACCGCCACGUGGCGGUCAGCGAUCUCCUCCACUUGGAGGUGGAGCUCACCGGGGAGGGAUCAUCGCCACUUCGGCCGCCACGGCAGCUGCUGCAGCCAUGUUGAUGGCCCAGAACCGACUGGAGGCCAUCGAAUCGCGUCGCCAUGAGCCCGUGGUGGCCAGUGUUUCGCCACAGGGAUCGGGUUCCCAGCAGCAGGGGGCCUCCAACUCCUAUUAUCAAGGGAGCACUGAGCAGCAGCGACGCUACCGCCAGAAUGCCAACCUCCUCUCGGCCGCCUUGUGCCUCAUCCGCGAAAUGGACCCACCCACUCUGGAGGCCCUCAGCCAUGCCAUCCACGACCAGGUGACCAGCCAGUCGAUGAACUACUGACCCCGCUCCUUUGGUCCUUGAUAGUUCGCGUUAUCAGUUUAAUUAUUUCCAAAUUAUUGUUCGGUUUUAAGAAGUAGUCGCCUGGAUAUUACACAACUGGAGGAACAAUCUGUCUUCGUGAGAGGAAAGUUGCAGAAGGAUGACAUCCACAUGAUAAUUAAAGCUCCAUAAGAUUCUUCCGAUCGUGCGAUUCUUUUUUGACCUCUUCUAAAGGUUUAUACGUUUUAAUAAUGAUAAUAAAAGACAGAAACAGUACAAA